CUUUCCUGGGGAGUAGUAUCUUGAGCCGAGCCAAGAAUCACGCGUUGCAUGCUUUCCUCUAGGGUCUCUGUAGAACACCUGACAGGAAAAGUUGAAGGUGGUCUUGGGGGUUGUUCGGCGAUUAGGUGAUCAAGCAAGUUGACAUGCUUGUUAGACUGAUGGUACACUUGUAGUGCCACGAAAGUAUGGGGGAGAUGCAAUAGUUCGUUGCAUACUGGAAGCUCAGAGCUAGCUGUUCCAUAUUCUGAGGACGUAAUCAGAACAUGCCCUCCGAUCAAUGCUAGUUGGUUUCUUGUAUAUCCCAAUAUGCUACGACCCAUGGCGUCACCCCCUGUACUUAUUCGUGGAUACACAUGAGCUAACCCCUAUGUUGUCUAGCGUGCAGCGACCUCAGACAUCUCACUUUCGCUAUCGUACUCUGCCAGUAUCUCAAUCCCUCCAGAAGCACAAGGUUGAAAACAGGCCACCUCGCGAAUCCCACACCUCCUCCUACAUCACCGAUGAUACGUCGUCCGCGGAUUCCCGCUUUCCGAUUCCCUUCCCAACCGCGACGCUAUCGUCAUAAGUGGAGUCUCGAGAAACUCACACCCAUCGAGAAAUAUCCAUUAACUGUAGCCCUAGCUACACGAGAUGCCGAAAAGUACAAAGACAAGGUUCCCACAGUCAAGAUAAAGCAAUAUUGUGCGCUGGGAGACGAGUUUCACGGAAAAAGAGGACAGAAUCAUAUUCGAUCGCAAAUCGUAAAUCCUGACCUUUGCGAUGAUGUCCUCAAAUAUAUUGGGAGUACAUUGACACAGUACAAGGGAUGUGAUAUUCUUGACUUGAACCCUGGAGUCGGAUUAUGGUCCCAGAAAGUCCAUGAUUUCCUCCGACCACGAAGCCACAUGCUUGUGGAGCCAUCCGAGACAUACGAUCGCUGGCUCAAGCCUCUAGUGGAGCUACCAGGGUCUACAUAUAGUAUAUGGCGCGGAGACGUGACGAAAUUAACGACCUUCAAGGAGAUGGCUGAGGCAGGGGCCUUCCCACACCAAAAGCUUGCCGAGACCCAGAAUGUCCCUGGUACAGAGAUGAACAAAUCGCUUUUGGUUAUAGGAAACUUGACGUGGGAUCCGCCUCUUCCAGGUUAUGGUUUCUCGAUGUUGGCGCGGCAGACGGUAACAAAAUACAUCCAGGCCAUGCGCAAUUUGGAUGGAUUUCAUGCUUUCGGUCCAGUGCGAAUGCUCUUAUGGAGCUCGCAGGAGGAGAUGAGGCCCUUCGUACCCCUUGGCAUAACUGGCAUAUCUAAAUACCAGUAUAUCUUAAAUGAGUACAGUGACGUCACCAUGUGCGCGACUACAGGUCCACGGGAAAGAGCUCGUCGACCGCAAUACGAUAUUGAGAGUGUAGUCAGAACUAUAGAGAGGGCAAAGAAGUCGGGGUUCAAUUUGCCCGAGCACCGGUGUGACAACAUUCAUGAAUUCGCCAAAGAAAUAGCUGAAUCCACUGGUGGCACUGGUAAAAUCAGCUCAUCCGAAAUGCGCCAGUAUCUGAUGGAAAAAGAGUAUGCCGGGAUUUCCACCGCCGGGCUCAGCACUCAACACGAAAUAGAGUUUUAUCGUGCUGAGCAGGAAUUGCUGAAAAUUUCACCACCGGGACCAAAAGGACAACGGCCUGAAACUCCAAUACCGAGGAAACACAUCAGCGCCCGAGCCACCUUGAAACGCACUGGACUGGUCUGGGAAAAAGUUGAAAACGCAGCCAUCAUGGGCGAAGAAGUCUAUAACCUUGAAUGUGAGAUCGUGGGCAUGCCAGAUGGUCCCGAUAAAGAGAAAGCACUUGCUACACUGGAAAGCAAAGAAAUGGAGUAUGAGAACGCUUUAAAGUUCAUCAACGGAAACUUUCAAAAAGCCGUUGUUUCAGAGGUUGAUGAUCGAAUUGCUCUUCACGCCUCGGUGCCACGCCUUCAGUGGGACAAACGCCCAUACGAGCCGCUCAUUGCAAAAUCCGGUGAGGUCUGGCCUGCUAUCCCAGUAUCUCUCCUAGAUAUAGUCCCUCGUCCCAUGACAUUCGAUCCGGUAUGGUUUGAGUGGGUGACUGAUUUCUGUUUUGCGUUCUUCGAUGCGCCUUUUGCAUCAGUGCGAGCAGCCAUGGAACAUGUACAGCCUGGUGCUUCAUGCCUUCUUGAUCAAGUACCUGCCUUGACGGAUCCCAAGAAGGGCGGCAGGCUGAAUAUGAACAAUCUCAGGGUGAGGAUGUUGACACCAGAGAUGAUAGAGGGCCUAUGCAAAGCGUAUCAUGAAUGGCCGUUCAAAAAUGUGGAGGCCCGCCACAAAAAAUAUUUUCAGAUGCGGAUGACAAAUUCUCGCCAAGCGAACGACAUAGCAACAACCAAACACGCGUUCGCGUAA